UUGAAAUUGCAUCAUAUGAACCCUUUAAGAGCAUUUAGGAGUAUAUAUCAUGAUUUUUUUUUUUCUUUGUCAGGCUUGGCAGGAGAAAAGGGCAUUCAGGGUCCUCGUGGAUUGUCAGGACAAAGUGGUCAGGAUGGACACAAGGGAGAAAAAGGAGACAUUGGGCCUGAGGGACCCAAAGGUGUGAAAGGAGAAAGAGGACAGAAAGGAGAGAAAGGAGAGCGUGGAGACAAAGGAGGGAAAACAGUGGAAGAAACUUUGGUAAGGCUGGUGAACGGCUCUGGGCCUCAUGAGGGUCGAGUGGAGGUGUUCCAUGAGCUUCGAUGGGGGACAGUGUGUGAUGAUGUUUGGGACAUAAAAGAUGGAGACGUUGUGUGCAGGAUGCUGGGCUACCGCGGCGCCAAAGAAAUCCACAAAACAGGCCGGUUUGGACAAGGCACUGGGUUAAUCUGGAUGGAUGAUGUUGCUUGUGUUGGUACUGAAGACUCUAUUCACCAGUGUAAAUUCUCAGGAUGGGGAAAAACCAACUGCGGUCACGUAGAAGAUGCAGGGGUGACCUGUAACAUAUAGCCUGUUUCAAGUCUUCAAUAUCCUGUAAAAUGGACAGUUAAGCUGUAAGUGUGGAUGAUUUGCAGGCUCUGAGGAAGCCGUGUCUGUGUCCUUCUACACAGCACUAGACUUAUGAACCAGUCUGUGACAGAGUAAAAGAUCAGACACAGGCUCAACAUCCUACCUGCAAAGAACUACUACCCAAAUACUUUAGCCAUAUUCAUCAAAUGGGGGAUGAAUAUCCCACAUGUAGUAGAAGUGUGUGUGUGCGUUGGCGUUUGUGUAUGAGUGCGUGUGUGCUCUAUGCUGCUGCUUUUUUGUAAGAAGUUUUUUUUUUCCUUUAAACAAAAACCCAGUUGCAGUUUACGUUGUGUAUAGAUAGAUGCAUUUAACUUUCCAAAGAGAUUUAUGGACACGCACUAGUAUAUUUUUAUAACUUUUAACUCAUAAGGAUUUAAAAUGAUUAUGUAGUUGCAAAUGUGCCUAAAACAUUGACCAUAACAGACAUGUCAUGGGAUGGUCAGCAAUUGUAUACCUCAGUUAAUGGUGAGGACCAAUUACAGUCAGUAUUAAUUGUUCAUUCGCUUCAUUAUAACACUAAAAUAUCAGUAUUGGUUCAUCUUUAACCAAUAAAUUGUUGUUUACUUAAUUUAGUGUUGAAUAACAUUAUCCAUUGUGAAUAAUGCAAAUGAUACAAUAAAAUAUAUAUUCUAAA